GGUAUGGAGGCGGAAAGUGUAUGCUCCGUAAUUUGGGAACGAUGACGACUUUCUGUCUGUGAGGUCAACAACUCCAUCAAUGGAUUCCUCUCCUGCGAAAUUCACGCUUCUUUCAUCUUUCUCCUCCGAUGCCAAUUUCUCCCCGAGCCUAUAUAAAAUCCCGCCACCGCCAUACCUUAUCUCAGCUCAAAUAUCUUUUCGAUUUUCUCAUCCGUUUCCUAUCAGCUUUGAAUCCAAUGGCGGAGAGUCGCAACAGUUCAAACUCCUCGGAAGAUCCUCCGCCGUUCGAUCCCUCAAUCCCCUCGAUUCCCGUUUCCUACCCGCUCAAAACCCUAGAAGAGCUCGAGUCCAGAUCUUACUUCGAUUCCUUCCACUUCCUGUUUAACAAGGCCUUCGUCAAGAUGCCGGCGGCUGUUUCCGGCAUGCUGCCGAGAAGGCCCCGGCUUCUGGUCUGCCACGACAUGGCGGGAGGGUACGGCGAUGAUAAGUGGGUGCAGGGAGGUACUAAUCCCAGCGCGUAUGGUAUAUGGCAUUGGUAUUUGAUGGAUGUGUUUGUUUACUUCUCGCACAGUUUGGUUACUCUGCCUCCUCCUUGCUGGACCAACACUGCUCACAAGCAUGGCGUUAAGGUUCUAGGGACUUUUAUAAUGGAGUGGGAAGAAGGGAAAAGUCUUGCAAACAAACUACUGUCAACAAAGGAAUCAGCGUACAUGUAUGCCGAUAGACUAACUGAGCUUGCUGUUGCUCUAGGCUUUGAUGGCUGGCUGAUUAACUUGGAAGUUGAACUUGAUGUUGGAAAACUCCCUACAUUGGUAGAAUUCGUCAACCAUUUGACCCAAACCAUGCACUCCUCGGUGCCUGGAUCUCUAGUAAUAUGGUAUGAUAGUGUUACAACAGAUGGUGAACUUAGCUGGCAAAAUAAGCUUAAUGAAAAAAACAAGCCUUUUUUUGAUGCAUGUGAUGGGAUAUUUUUGAACUAUUCAUGGGAGGAAAGUUACCCUAUGGAAUCGGCUUCUGUUGCUGGGGAAAGAAAUUUUGAUGUCUACAUGGGAAUUGAUGUCUUUGGAAGAAAUACAUUUGGCGGUGGACAAUGGAAUACUAAUGUAGCCCUUGAUGUGAUUAAGAAAGACAAUGUUUCAGCAGCCAUAUUUGCUCCUGGAUGGGUUUAUGAGACUAAUCAGCCACCUGAUUUUCAGACUUCCCAAAAUCGUUGGUGGGGACUUGUUGAGAAAUCUUGGGGCAUCUCACAGAAUUAUCCCCAAACACUUCCAUUCUACUCAAAUUUUGAUCGGGGCCAUGGUUACCAUAUUUUUGUUGAUGGGGUAAAAAUACUGGAUGCUCCAUGGAACAACAUCUCUCUACAAAGCUUACAACCAUUCCUUGCUUCGGGAGAACAUACAACCAGCAAUAUUCAAGCUUUUGUUGAUUUCAAGGGAGAAUCUUACAGCGGUGGAGGGAACAUCACAUUCAGAGGAACCCUUGAUGACAAUACUCCUUUGAAAACAAAAUUAUUUGAGGCAAAGCUUCUUUUUGGAGAGUCACCACUAAACAUCACAUAUUCAGUAAGCUAUUACGAUCCAUAGAAUAUGAUGAAUCACUGGAUUAGUGCACCUGGGUAGUCUUCUAGCCUGUAAUUUGUAGUUUAUGAUGGUGUUUUGCCUCUUUCUGUUGUUUGUGUAUGUCUGCUUUCUGUGUUUCGAGUCUUGUUAUACUUAUCUGUCUUGUG